GCUUCGAGCAAGGCUCCCUCCCUCUUAGCUGGCCCUGAGGCUGUUACCGACCCCGCGCCAGCUGGUCCCAUCAAGACUCCCUUGACCGUCGCUCUGCCCGAGUGCAAGCCCAAUCCCCCUGCAGUCUUGACUGCUGACCAAGAGACCAAAUAUACUUCAGUACUCUCGACCGUCUCUACCUGGACCACAAUUCCUAGCAAUACUCUCAAAGAUGCCACCAACGAGCCUAUCACAGACAACGAGCGCAUGUGGUUGACCCGCGAGUGUCUCCUCCGUUACCUUCGCGCUACCAAAUGGGACGUCCCAAGCGCCCUCAAGCGUCUGCAAGGAACCCUUUCCUGGAGACGCGAGUAUGGUGCUGACACUUUCACUGCCGAUUACAUUUCUCCUGAGAACGAGACGGGCAAGCAGGUCAUCAUGGGCUACGACAUCAACGCUCGCCCUUGUCUUUACCUCAACCCUGGCAAGCAAAACACAAAGAACAGCGAUCGCCAGAUUCACCACCUUUCUUUCAUGCUGGAUAGAGUCAUCGACAUGAUGGGCCCUGGGCAAGAGACGACUGCCCUCCUUAUCAACUUCAAGGGUGCUACCAGUGGCAGUACCCCUAGUGUCGGUCAAGCCAGACAGGUCCUGAACAUCCUGCAAAACCACAAUCCAGAGAGACUCGGCAGAGCUCUCAUCUCCCAGCUGCCUUGGUAUGUCAGCACUUUCUUCAAGCUCAUUUCGCCAUUCAUCGAUCCAGUUACCAAAGAAAAGAUGAAGUUCAACGAGGAUCUCAAGAAAUACGUCCCUACAAAGCAGCUUUGGAAGGACUACGGUGGUGAACUGGACUUCGACUACGACCACAAGGCCUACUGGCCUGCCUUGAACAAAGAAUGUGAUAGACGCCGGGAAGCAUACAAGCAACGCUGGGUCGAUGCUGGCAAGAAGAUUGGCGAGUACGAAGACUACCUCCGCGGAGGCGAGCAGAAGUGCCUGCGUGACCUCUCAGGCAACUUGGAGAAGGAGACUGCGGGAGUCAAUGUCACCAACGAGACUCCCGACAUUGCUAGUUUGAAGGUCUGA